AUGGAACUGGGCCUAGCUACACAGUCCUCUGAAGUGGGCUCGAGUGACCUAGAGUUGAGCCUACCCAGUAACAGCGCCAACCGUCUAUUGUUUCAUAAUAAUCAACGCUCAUUGAUGCCUCCAUCACCACCCAUUUGUUCAUCUCUCAGCUCUGACCCCGGCUUUUUCGGACGCUCCCGUCGUGGCUCCAAGGACUCUGUUGAGUCUAUGCCAGGGGUGACAAUAGAUGACCUAGUGAACCAGCUUACUGUCCCCGACUAUGUAAAUACUCUUGAGCAAAUUGCAAAGACCAAGGCCUUUCUGAUGAUUUAUCGCAAAUUCCUUAAGCCCCGUGAACUUUUGGAGAAAUUCAUCGAGCGGUUCGAGAAAUUGGGUGAAUUUCCGGAUGAAGAUGACGAAGAAACCAAAAACACGCGAUUAAGGAUUUGUGCAUGCCUUUACUAUUGGCUCAAGGACCAUCCUAAUGAUUUGGUUCAUCACCAAACGCGACAAUGUGUUAUAUCAUUUCUGCAGGGGCGCGUAGCAUUGUUCCCAUGCUUGACAGAGAUUUAUAUCAAGUUGCUCCCUCUGUCAUCGAUCCAUUACUUUAACGCCUGGCGCUGGCCAAAUGGUGACCAUCAAUUUUACUUUCAAGAACAAGGAUGUGGACAAAGACGCAGUGUGCCAUCAUCAUCGGAUUCAAGGAGUUCGUCCGUCUCUGAGCCAUCUAGCACAGUUGGCGUCGGCGGUGGAAUGGCCACUUGCUCAGAACCUUCUUCUGUUUGUGACGAAGGCUCUGGCCCUAAUCUUUAUGAUGUAGCAUCUGCGGCUGCAGCAUCAACAAUAGGAUUGGCUUCAGGAAUGGCUACGGCUGGUAGUACAGCACCUCCUAGCGAGCUUGAAAUAGAUGAAGACCGAGAGUGGGGCCAGUUUGAUGAAGAUGCUCUCCCAGAGAACAGUAAGAGUAGUCAGUUGUUGAAUAUGGAAAGCGUUGCUGUGUCUCCCUUUUCGCUUUCAUUUUCUGCAGCGGCUGCUCAGAUCACCUCCCCAAUUACGUUAAAUAAUGGCACCAGCUAUACCCACUCCAUUGCUCGGAAUAACCGCAACACCUGUCACAAUAGCUUGUCUUACCGAGUAGUACCUUCCCAUCAUCUGCCUCGAGACCGCCGAUCCAGUACGGGCUCUCUUGUUCAUACGCGCGCUUCAUCCCCAUGCACGAUGGAGGCUUUCGUUGCUAGUCGCCGGGGAUCUGCCUCGUCAGCGUGUCUAGGCUCUACAAACACAGGAUCUUUUGCUUUCGCAGCCACUCCAGUAAGCCUUCCAGAAGGUGAUUUGGUGCCUCUACAACAGCGACAAUACCAACAACAGCAUCAACAACAGUAUCACCAUUAUUAUCAUCAGCAACAUCAUCAGCAACAUCAUCAGCAACAUCAUCACCAAUAUCAUCAUCAGCAACAUCAACCAAUGCAGUCGAUAAUGUCUAUCCCAUUUAUUGGCAAACGAAGUAGUAGUCAAACCCAUAGGCAAAAGGCUGUCCAACAAGCGCAAGUUUCCCUUCAGUCUCUAGGUGUAAAUACGGGUCCAAACGCUCUGCUGAGCAGUAAUAUCAAAGAUGCAAGCGAAGAAUAUCCUGUACAUCCAUUCCAACAGGGUAGAAUCAGCCCAUUGCCUCUUAUGGAUCAUUUAUUCUCAAGCAAUGCUCCUUUUAUUGAAAUCAAGGAUGCAGCUAUUGCAGCGCAACUCACUUACCUUGAGUUUGGUUUGUUCAAGAAAUUAAAGCCUAGAGACAUGCUUCGGCAAGUUUGGAAGACAAACAAGGGCUCGACGGCAUUCCAAGCUUGCAUUAGCCAUUUCAACUUUAUCUCGUCUUGGGUCGGUACCAUGAUCUUGUCUUCUUCCAAAGUCAAAAGCCGAGCCAAGAUGAUGGAGAAAUUUAUCAACAUUGCCAAGAUCCUCCGUGAUAUGGGGAACUUCAACACGACGAUGGCCAUCAUUGGAGCAAUGAACACAUCGUCAAUCCACCGUUUAGUUCAGACGCGCGAGUUACUACAGAGUAAGGAGGUUUGGGGGACGUUUAAAGAGCUAGAGCACCUGAUGAGUUCUGAACGUAGUUUUUAUGAGUAUCGUCAAGCCCUUAAGACCCAAAAGCUGCCUUGCAUCCCUUAUCUAGGUGUCCAUUUAGGUGAUUUACUGUCCAUUGGCGAGGGCAAUCGAGAUAAUCGACAAGAUGGAACGAUCCAUUGGCAAAAGUUCCGUUUACUAACGGAGGUGAUUUCGACGGUGAUGCAAUGCCAGUCAGAGCCAUAUAUGAUCCAGCCCGACCCGUCCAUUGUGCGUGUGAUCACGGAUACGCAUGUGUUGGAUGAUGAGGAAUUGUACACUAAAUCCGUUGGGACCGAACCAAACAAGUUGCGCCAUUCUAGGAGCCUGAGCAAGUUCAAUUUCUUUUGAAAUAGGACAACUCCUUGAAAACGUAAAAAAAGAAAUUAGAGCGGAUGUAAAACAGACAUAAAAG